UUGCCAUCUACCUUCAUCACCAUCUAGCAGUUAUACAGGUGCCGUGAAUGUGUGAUGACCGACUUUAAGAUUCAAUUUAACUCUCUCUAAAAAGUGAGGUUUCCAAUGCCGCAGCGUUUUCUCCGCAUUUUGCCAUCGGAAAUCGUCGAUGCGAAAAUUGAGAUAAGCUCUCAACUUAUGUGACCCUUCUGUGAUAAACCGUUUCCAUUUUAAUAUGAUCAGUGAGUUUCAGUGGAACAAUCGAUUCGAAUACAUGAAGAUGGUUGCAACUUCGAAAGAAUCGCACGUAAUGAAGCCGAUUUUGGAGGUUAUUACGUUUUUGUUGCAAGCAGUUGUGAUCAUUGUUAAAACUAUCUAUACUGCGUGUUUGCCAUCAACUUACCGGAAUUUCAAGAACAUUUCCGGUGAGAUCGCUCUAGUUACUGGUGGAGGAGGAGGACUGGGGCGAUUAUUAGCGCUCCGGUUGGCCAAACUGGGAGCAACUGUAGUUUUAUGGGACAUAAAUGCUAAUGGGGUAGAAGAAACAAUAGGUUUAGUCAAAGGAAUAGGUGGAAAAGCCUAUGGAUACAAAUGUGAUAUAGCUGAUAAUGAUGAAGUCUACAGGGUUGCCAAAAAAACCCAAGAAGAAGUCGGUGAAGUAACCAUUUUGAUCAACAAUGCUGGUGUAGUUUCUGGAGAACUACUACUUAAUACACCAGACCAUUUGAUAAAAAGGACGUUCGAUGUUAACAUCAUCGCACACUUUUGGACUGUUAAAGCAUUCUUGCCAAAAAUGAUCGAAAAAGAUCAUGGACACAUAAUCACUGUAGCGUCGAUGGCGGGUCUAAUUGGAGUACCAAAAUUGGUGGACUACUGUGCUUCAAAAUAUGCUGCAGUUGGGUUCGACGAGUCUCUCAAAAUCGAACUAGAAACGCUGGGAAUCAAAGGAGUCAAAACUUCAGUUGUAUGCCCUUAUUUCAUUCAACAAACAGGAAUGUUCGACAACAUUGAUUCAAAAAUAUUUCCAUGUUUGAAAUCCAAUGACGUGGCUGAUAGGAUUAUUUUGGCGUUACGAAGAGAAGAAAACUUUGUGACAAUACCUGGUUCAUUCAGAUACUUUGGUUCACUAAAACCGUUGAUGCCAUGGGAAGUGAUGUCGUUAUUCAUAAAAACAACAGUACCCGAUGCAAGUCCACAUCACCAAGCUACACCGAUAGUACAAAUAAAGGCAUCUGAGGAGGAUAUACAUCACACAAAAGACGAAGACAAUUCACUCAGCUCUUCAGUAUCACAAAUGACGCAUCGAUCCAUUGCAACAGGAAAAGAUCUGUGAAACUUAUUUGGUUUAUAUUAUUCAAUAAAGUUAUUUACAAAAAUGGA